GUUAUUUUCACUUUAUUUUCUCUUAAAAUAACAAGAUUUAAGCAUUUUUGGUUUAUAGACGUUUAUGUUGUUAUUGUUUUUAAUCUGCUUAAGUUGGUCCAAUAAUCAGUUUAAUUUAUAUUAGUCCAUUUCCAAAGCAUCUUGAGUUGUUUCAUAAUGGUACCAAAAUAUGGUAAUCGAGUCGGCUGGACGCCUAAAAGUGUUGAUGACUUUGCUGACGGAGGAGCUUAUCCAGAAAUCCAUGUUCCUCAAUUUCCAAUAGCUGACAAAGGGAAUCAAAUCGUUAAAAAAGAUUUGGUCGCCAGUUUUUUACCUCCAUCUGAUCUCACUCCAGUUGAAUUGGCUACUUUAGAAGAAGACAAAUUGGUUAAACCCAAGCCAGAGGACCUCAAAUCAAAAUUAGAAUAUGCGAAAGCUGCGCUACAAGCAAUGGCCGAAAAUAAGAUAUCAUCUUCUCUUCCUACUCGUCGAGCUGAGCCUGUCGAGGCAGCUAAAUACAUCAAAUAUGUGCCUCAACAAGCUUCAUCUCAGUCAAAAAUUAUUAGGAUGGUCAGUAUUCAAAAAGAUCCAUGUGAACCACCGAAGUUCAGAAUAAACAAAAAGAUCCCCCAAGGACCACCUUCUCCUCCAGCACCAGUUCUCCACUCUCCACCUCGUAAACCCAGUGUCAAAGAUCAAAAAGAAUGGAAAAUUCCUCCAUGUAUAUCUAAUUGGAAAAAUCCUAAAGGAUUCACAAUACCUUUGGAUAAACGAUUAGCAGCUGAUGGUAGAGGCAGUCAAUCAGUUCAAAUUAAUGAAAAUUUUGCAAAACUGGCUGAAUCAUUGUAUGUAGCUGAUAGAAAAGCCCGUGAAGGAGUUGAAAUGCGCGCACAAAUGGAGAAGAAAGUGGCUCAAAAAGAGAAGGAAAAGAAGGAAGACAUUCUCAAGAAACUUGCACAGAAAGCAAGAGAAGAAAGAGCUGGACUCAAGAGGUCUGCGGGACCUGCUGAAGACGAAGAAGAACGUAAUCAAAUUAGACAAGAAAGACAAAAAGAAAGAAGACGAGAACGAAACAUUGAAAGGUCUGCUCCACAUCUUAAAAGUAAACAAGAACGUGAACGAGAAAUCACGGAACAAAUCGCUCUCAAUUUGGCGAAUCCUAAAGCAUCUUCCAAUGAGCUUCAAUUUGACCAAAGGCUCAUCGAUCAAACUCGAGGUUUAUCCAGUGGGUUUACUGAAGAUGAUGAAUACACAGUCUACGAUAAACCCUGGAAAACGGCAAAUGAACUUGGUAAAAAUAUCUACCGUCCACGUAAUACCAAUCAAGACACUGAAGAUGAUCUGGCCAAGAUCACCGGCAAAUCAUUCUCUGGUGCUAAACAAGGAGAUCGUGAUGGUCCAGUUCCGUUUGUUGCUGCUAAUACAUCUAAUCAAACUGUCAACGAAGAUAUCUUUGGUAUUGAUACAUUCUUAAAAGAAGCUAAAAGAUCUACUAAAAGAAAACGUAAUUGAUAAUUUUAAGAAUCAAUUUAGCUGAAUAAAUUACUUUUUUGCUUGUAAAAAUAAAUUUUUCAUUUAAUAA